AUGGACCGACGAGACAUUUCAAGAAGACGGCCAAUGCUUCAGCUAGACCAACCAAUGUCAUCAAUAAGAGCUAAAAAUAAAGCUACCGAUGAAGCUAAAAAACGCCAAGAAUCGAAAAACGUGCUGCAGGAGCUCCUCGGAGACUAUAGUGAAAGCGAUGACGAGAAAGAUGAAGAAGAGGCACAGAUCGAGAAUCCAUCAAAGGGGCAAUCACAACCAGAUUCUUUCAGCUCUUCAAAUAAUCAAUCAGACAUUCAGAAACCUUCAUCAGAUUCCCACCUGCCAACAACUUCUCAGUUUAAUUCUGAACAUUCGAUCGAGAUGGAUCAAUCUGAGGAAAGCAUUGAAGCGGCAUUAAAAAACUUUUUGUCCGAAAUCAAUGCGUUACCUAUUACUUCUAUCGAUAAAAAUCCUACUUUGGAAAAAACCAGUGAAAAAUCUUCUAAAAAUAUUGUACCAACGGAAAAAGAUCAAAUUGUUUCACAACUCUCACAUUCAGAAGGUGAUUGGCAACGGCAUUUUCAUCAAGAGGAAAAGCGUUACUAUUAUUUCAAUAGCAGAACUGGUGAAACAUGUUGGGAUCUUGAUACACAAACUAAUGUUUUGGGAGCUUCUUUAAUGUCACGUUCAGAUGAAGAAGCAAAUAAUUUGGGUUCAUCACCUAAAGAAGACUCCAAUCGAGAAGUUGAUAUUCACUUUAAUCAAAUGAAUACCAUUGAUGAUAUCGACAAUGUUACAUCCAUGCGUCCUCCUUCAUCAGAUUCACCAUUACAUAUUCGUUCAAGAGAUGCCUACGACCGUUUGUCUAUCAUUACACCUAUGGCAACACACUUGAGGCUUGAAAGGCAUCAAAUUGAAUUCGCCACCAGACUACAUGAUUGGCAAGUUGGUGCGUUGAAUUCUUAUUAUUUUGAAAAGGUUAUUUUGGAAGGAUUGGAAAUGUUGAUACGAAGCAUUGAAGAGCAGAUAUCACCUACUGGCUGGUUAUGCAAAUGGAAAUCUGAUUCAAAGACAUAUACCUGGAUGCACAUUCAGUCGAAUCAAGUUUCCCUUACGUAUCCAAGUCCUGAAUUGAUUGCGAGUCUUAACACUCAUUCGUUGGUUGUAAAUAACCAAGAUUGUUCUACAGCGGGAUCAGAUUCUUCGCCCAUGAUAAAUUUAAUGCAAUCAUCACAGCACAGUACUACUGCUUUGCAACCUACGAACGUUGAAAGUUGGAAUGAAGUUAUCGAUACAAAACCAGAAUCCUCAGAUGACGGGACCAGUUCUCCCCCUCGUUCUCAAACAUCAAGUUUACCAAGUGUAUCUCAUUCACACGAAAAAAAGAGAAAGAAAGAUAAAGAUCUUGUAACUUCCGGUUUUAAGAAUAAAAAGAUGGCGACACUUGUUGAAAAAUGGAAAGCUGCGGAAGAUUUCCUUGCAAAUACUGAUUGGGAAGAGGUCACAAGACAACAACACGGAUCUUCCUCUAUUAAUCCUGAAGCUUGGAUCAGAGAACAGAUUGAAUCUGGCGAAGCUGCUAACAAUCCUAAUUUCGAACCUAUUAAAGGGACACUUGCAAAUUUGGAUGAUGUGAAUCACAUUCAGGGAUUCAUGGUUGCAGUUGCAAGAUUGCUAUGUGCCCUAUAA